UGGCAUAUCUAGUAUUUGUACUGGGCAUGGGUAUUGAUCAGCUUCCGCUGGUGUUCAGCCCAUCGUACCUCUUGCAACUUAAUAUGGGGCAUGUUGAAGUCUUUUUGCAAAGAACAGAAGAGUCUGUUUUCUCCAAAGGAUUGAAUCUAUUGGAGAAUGGUUUAUUGAGAAUGGAAGACAACAGUCUACUUCAUCAGUAUUUAGAAAUCAAGAGUUUUCUUACUGUACCUCAGAGAACACCUAACAACAAAUGGUUUACAGGACCACAGCUGAUUUCCCUUCUAGAUUUGGUACUCUUUCUCCCAGAGGGUGCUGAAACAGAUUUACUGCAAAACUCAGAUAGGAUCAUGGCAUCAUUAAAUUUAUUGAGGUAUUUGGUUAUCAAAGAUAAUGAAAAUGACUGUCAUACUGGAUUAUGGACAGAACUUGGAAAGAUUGAGAAUAAUUUUUUAAAGCCACUCCAUACAGGACUUAAUAUGUCAAAAGCACACUAUGAAGCAGAAAUUAAAAAUAGCCAAGAAAAUAGCCAAGAACUCCAGAAGUGUAAAGAUCUUUGCUCUAUAACAGUAGGUGGAGAGGAGAUCCCUAACAUGCCUCCUGAAAUGCAGCUUAAGGUACUACAUUCAGCUCUUUUUACAUUUGAUUUGAUUGAAAGUGUGCUGGCUCGAGUAGAAGAACUCAUUGAGAUAAAAACAAAGUCUACCUGUGAAGAAAAUAUUGGGAUAAAGUGAAGGUUCUACCUUCUAAAUAAAA